UGCCAGCUCUCUCGUGUCACAGAGCUACAGUAUAUAGGCAUACGUACCAGGAAAGAUGCGUGAAGUUUCUGUAGACCACAUGAACUCGUAUUUCUUUGGGGACAGCUGACAUCACCUGUUUCGCCUAUCGGUGGACAAGCUCUGGCUUCCCACCUCAACCCAUGUCGUAUGUGUGGUUCUACCGGGGCAGAGGAAAAUUCUCAGCCGAAUUACAAUCCAUGAAAGAGCGAAACUACCCCAACCUCCACCCCAACCUGCGCCGGCACCGCAAGAGUGGUGUUGUGGGGUUGUCGGACAGCUUUGAUACUAUUCCACCUCCUCCUCCAGUUCUGGUUGAAUUCUUCACAAAUGAGAAGUCCUUCAAGGAGAGGCUACAACUAUACUUCAUCAAGAACCAAAGAUCCAGUUUACGUAUUCGUAUCUUCAACUUGCUCAUCAAGCUGCUGACAUGCAUCCUGUACGUGGUGCGAGUCUACAUGGACAAGGGCAAGACUUCCUCCCAACAUGUGUCAGAUUGUCAAAAUGGGACAGACGUGCAUCAGAGAAUGGACCCGGAUGAUUUCCACCGAGAGCAAGAGAUCUGCUGGUCAGAGAUCGUGUUUGUGACACGGCAUGAGGUCGUCUGGAUAUGUCAGCUGAGCGUGGCUGUCAUCAGUCUCUCCGAGACCAUACUUGUACAAUACCUCAGCUACAAGGGCAAUAUCUUACAGCAGAUUCUCACGCUGGAGUUCGUGGUAGAACUCAUCACCACUGUCCCUUUCAUCUUCACAAUAUUUCACCCCCUCCGCAACCUCUUCAUCCCAGUGUUCCUCAACUGCUGGCUGGCCAAACAAUCCAUGCAGAACAUGUUUAAUGACCUCCAUCGAGUGAUGCAGAAGUCGCAGUCUGCCCUGGGGCAGCAGCUGAUGGUCCUCUGUGCUACAUUGCUCUGCCUUGUUUUCAUAAGUGCCUGUGGUAUCCAACACCUUCAGCGGGGAGGGAACCACCACUUUGGUCUGUUUGAGUCCUUCUGGUUUGUGGUGGUGACAUUUUCCACAGUGGGCUACGGUGACGUCUACCCCGACAUCUGGCCCAGCCAGCUCUUCAUGCUACUGAUGAUCUGUGUUGCCCUCUUCAUCUUGCCCACACAAUUUGAACAGCUUGCGUAUACCUGGUUAGAGAGACAGAAGCUUGGGGGAACGUACAGCAGCCAUCGUGCCCAGACGGAGCGCCACGUGGUCGUGUGCACCACCACCCUGCACUCCGACACCAUCAUGGACUUCCUGAAUGAGUUCUACGCCCAUCCACUUCUGCAGGACUACUUUGUGGUGCUGUUGUCGCCGUGUGAGCUGGACUCGACCAUGAAGAUGCUGCUGCAGGUGCCCAUCUGGGCACAGCGGGUCAUCUAUGUCCAGGGUUCAGCUCUCAAAUACACUGAUCUUGCCCGGUGCAGGAUGCAGGAAGCUGAGGCAUGUUUUGUAUUGGCAGGACGAAACCAUAGCAACAAGAUGACUUCUGACCAGCACACCAUCCUGAGGUCUUGGGCCGUCAAGGACUUUGCCCCAACUUGCCCACUCUAUGUCCAGAUAUUUCGUCCAGAGAACAAGUUUCAUGUCAAAUUUGCUGACCACGUUGUGUGUGAGGAUGAGUUCAAGUACGCCCUACUUGCCAACAACUGUCUGUGCCCGGGAAUUUCUACGUUUGUCACACUACUGCUACAUACGUCUAGAGGACAAGAGGGCCAGACAUCGUCGGAGGAGUGGCAGCAGCUGUAUGGCCGGUGUUCUGGCAACGAGAUCUACCACAUACAGCUGGGAGACAGCAAGUUCUUCGGGGAGUACUGUGGCAAGAGCUUCACAUAUGCGUCCUUCCAUGCCCAUAGGAAGUAUGGAGUGAGUCUGGUGGGGAUGCAGAAGGAUGUGCCGGGCUCCACCAUCCAGCUGAACCCCGGCCCACGCCACAUCAUGAGGCAGUCCGACAUCUGCUUCUACAUGAACAUCACCAAGGAGGAGAACUCCAACUUCAUCCUGGCCCACCCAAACCAGGAGGAAAAGACGGAGAAGAACAGGCUGCCCCAUGGGGCAGAGCAGGCUUCCAGGGUGGCCAGUAUGAUUGCCAGUGUUGGAACUGUUGCGCUGGAACUUCAACACACACGUAUCGACAGUGAAGCCGAGAACAUGACCCGUCAAGGGAGCAAGCGAACCCGCCUGAGCCUGCCGAAAGGCCUCAACAUCCAGAGCCUCCAGAAGAGGCCCAGCAUAGCCCCUGUACCAGCCUUCCUCGACUCCAGCGACAUCCAGAUCAACCUGACAGGGUCCGACUCCGAGUCGGAUGAUGACACUGCCCAUGAGGAGGAGUAUGAUGAGUACCCAGAGUAUGUGCGGGGUUUCCCACCAGUGACGCCCUACGUGGGCACGAGCCCAACCCUAUGUCACUUGAUGAGAGAGAAGCGCCCUCUGUGUUGUCUGCAACUCAUGCAGGUACAACCUACGUAUCACGCAGUCUGCGAUCACUGUGAUGCUAAGAGCUGCAAGGAGUACAACUGGCCCAACCCUGCGGUGAUUGUGGCUGCUGACUAUGCCAGCAAUGGCCUCUAUAAUUUCAUUGUGCCUCUACGAUCUCAUGCUCGCCCCAAGAAGUCACUCAGUCCAAUCGUCCUGCUUCUUGAAACUGAACCUGAGCCAUCAUUCCUUGAGACCAUCUGCUACUUUCCACUGGUGUAUUGGAUGAAAGGAUCUCUUGACAGCCUGGAUGACCUGCUUCGGGCAGGAAUCAACCAUGCUGGGAACGUCGUCAUUGUCAACAAGGAGAGCUCCACGUCCAGAGAGGAGGAGACACUGGCCGACAGUAACACAAUUGUAUCUGUACAGACUAUAUUCAGAUUAUUCCCUACUGCCAACAUUAUCACAGAGUUGUCACAAGCUUCCAAUAUGAGGUUCAUGCAGUUCCGUGCCAAGGACAGAUAUGCCCUCACCAUUUCCAAGUUGGAAAAAAAAGAGAGAGAGCGAGGAUCCCACAUCUACUACAUGUUCCGACUGCCGUUUGCAGCAGGCAAUGUGUUCAGUGCCAGUAUGCUGGACACGCUGUUGUACCAGGCAUUUGUCAAGGACUAUCUCAUCACCUUUGUCCGCCUCCUCCUGGGGAUUGACCAGGCUGUCGGGUCAGGUCAUCUUGCCUGUAUGAAGAUCACUAAGGAUGAUCUAUGGAUCCGUACAUAUGGCCGCUUGUACCAGAAGCUAUGCUCAACUACGUGUGAGAUUCCCCUUGGCAUCUACCGAACCCAGGUCCAUACCGGGUCUGAGAUUACCUCGAGCGGUAUGGGUCACUCUCCUGUGAAAUCCUCAACAUGUGUCUCUCGGGAUCAGUCCGCGCUCAAUCUCGCGUUUAGAAAUUCCUUUAGGAAUAAACAACGCACAGGCAAUACGAUGAAACUGCCACCAGUAAGGGGACGUAUUAACUCAGUGUCCCUGAGCAUGGGAGAUGACCAGGAAGAGGGGGUGCUGGGAGCUCACCUGACCCCCGAGAGGCAGGAAAUUAUUCAGAUGGUCAAGUGCCGGAUGCAGUCGCAAAAUCUACCUAUUGAAGAUUAUGAUGAAGUGAGUGACAAACGCAACUCCAUCUCUUAUGUGAUCAUCAAUCCAAGCUACGAUCUCAAGCUGGAACUGAAUGACAUUGUGUAUCUAAUCCGACCAAGUUCACUCUCCCCGCACCCAUCACCACUUACAGAUGAGAGAAGGUUGUUACCGGGGAUGAGAGAAGACCCAACAGGGGCAGACAACUCUGAUCAGGCGUUGGGGAGUAAAGGAGAUCGCCAAGGACCAAAUGGGAAGCCCAAGCCAGACACUGUCACUUAUGCUGAUAAUAGUCGGAUUCCUGUGGUGUACUACGAUUCUGAUGAGGAGGAUGACAACGUUGAUGAAACAAGCCCUGUCUGUCCAAAAAUAAACAUCAUCCAAGGAUCGCCAUCAGUGAGUCGGACAAGCAGUUUCACACAAGAAGCUGACGACUUCAAGCAACAGGGAUUUAAAGAUGGUCUCCAUGGCACAGUGGUGUGAUAAAGGCCGAUUCAUCAGUGGAUUUGCUUUUCCAGGCUCUUUAGUCUACAGCAUGUGAAACUGAUACAGUUGUAGCUGUGUCAAGGAGAUGUGUUGCUGGAGCCAGUUAUAGAAGAAGUGGCAUUUAUUGUCCCGGUUGGAGGAAAUACCAAUGACGGAGAUUCAUGUUUCAUCUUUGCUUGUUGAAGUAAUCAUCGGAGAAGAAGAUAUGAUUACUCCCAGAAAGAAGAUGGAGAGCACUGAUGUUCUGAUUCAUCAGAAGAGGAUGUGUAUCACAUGGAAGGAAUUUGAUGUCAAUUCCCAGUAUAUGUGAACACUGAAUGCGUAACUGGCGCAAAAGUGCAUGUGAAGUCAUUUGUGGAGCCCUAAUUAUCUGAAUCUUGAGGCUGUGAAGUGAUUGUGACCUCUGCAUCAUCCAUGCAGGAUCCAUAUCUGCAUCACGCAUGUAGGAUCCAUAUGUUUGCAGUUGGAUCUGUUUUUUUCAAGAGGUUUCAAAGCUUUUGCGAAAGACCACAGUUAAAUGAUUACUCACAAAGGAUCACACCACCGGGUUGUAAGCUGAAAAGUUUGCUCUUCAAAACACAAUGGUAUAGUUUCUGGAACAAUAGGAGGACUACUUUCUCCUGUUGGGAUAAGGUGUACCUUUUAAACCAUUGUAAGAAAACACAUUGAUGGUGCUACAAGCUGUGAGGGAAUUUCUAGUGAACUGAAGAAGGUGAAUUGUGUUUCUGUGUGAGAUACUGUGAGGGAAUGGAAACCAUUAUUGAUUGUGUUUUUGAAGAAUGUGAAAUUAUGAAGGUAAUCUUUUGAAGUUGUGAAGCGUGUGCAAUUUUGAAGGUGAUCUCAAGUUGUUUUGGAGAAUGUGCAAUUGUGGACAUGAUAUUUGGAGGUGUCUUAAGGAUUAUUGAUUUUGAGGUUAUGUUUAAAGUUGUUAUGGAUGAUAUGCAGUGCUGAAGGGGAUGUUAUAUUGUUUUGAAGGGUUUAGGUUAUGUUUGAAGUUGAUUUAUGAAGGAAGUGCAAUUUUGAAGUUGAACAGAGAAAAACUGAAAGGUAAUGAUGUGUCACACACGUGAAAAUUCAAUCUCAUUCAAAUGAGAUCUUUUACUGUGAUAAUAUAUAUUUCUGAGAUGUGAGGACACCUCAAUAGGAGGUGCAUAAGGAGAACCCUGAGAGAUCACUGACUGUCAAAUCCAAAUAAAGAAAGAAUGGGUUCUUGAGACAAUAUUAUAACCACCUUGUUUCAUAAUUUUCUAUCUUAUCAAACUAAAAGCACCACAGGAUACAAAUAUUACCUCAAUAGUGCACCCUUUGGCACUACAGAAUGUGUAAAAUAUACACAAUGGCACUGACUUAGUUAUUUACAUUCUGAACUGGUCAUUUAAGCUCAUUUUCUAAAUACAGAAGUCAUAUGCACUGGUUUUAAUACUUCAUUCAGUCGUAUCAAGAAUAUAGAAACUUUGCCACUGAUUGACUGAUUAGAUUAGUUCACCUGACACUCUCCCCUGUGGAGGUGUACUCAUAUCUUCAUGCAGUGAGGAAUGGCAUCAUGAAAAAAGAUCUGAUUUUUGUGAGAUUCGAGAAAAUUGCAAUAACAGAGGUAUUGGACUGCUACC